AAUACGCUAUGCACUAUAGCCUGGGAUCGAGGUUAGCGCUGUAACAAAACCCUUCUUCUUUCCAUCUGUGGGCCUGCAUGGAAGACAAUCAAGGGUCUCACAGGUUGAGCCAAGGCGUCAGUAGAGGCAGUGCCACCCAGAAACAGGGUACUGCAACAAGGUGAGACUAUUAGACGAGUAGCACCACCAAGGAUACCUUUUUCAUUUAUCCAUACAUCCCCCUUAAACUGAGGAACAAUGGCAAACAGUUUCACCAGAAUUUUGUCCUCCAAACGAAAUGUGGGGAUUCUGUCAUUGGUUGGAGCCGGGUCUUUGACAGCGGGCUUUCUGCUCAAACGGGAACAUGUCACCGCGGGAGCUAAUGUACGGAGAGUGUACCCGGCCAGUGCAGAGUACCCUGACCUCCGCAAGCACAACAACUGCAUGGCCAGCCACUUGACCCCUGCCAUUUAUGCAAAGCUGGUGGAUAAAGCCACUCCCAAUGGGUACACCCUGGAUGAAGCCAUCCAGACAGGGGUUGACAACCCUGGGCACCCGUUCAUCAAGACCGUGGGAAUGGUGGCAGGGGACGAGGAGUCCUAUGAGGUGUUUGCAGAUCUCCUCAACCCAGUCAUCAAGGAGAGGCACAACGGCUACGACCCAGAGACCAUGACCCAUCCUACCGACCUGGAUUCCAGCAAGCUCACGUCAGGGCAGUUUGACGAGCGCUACGUGCUGUCGUCGCGUGUCAGGACGGGCCGUAGCAUCAGGGGCCUGAGCCUGCCGCCAGCGUGUACCCGGGCAGAGCGCCGGGAGGUAGAACGAGUGGUGGUAGACGCGCUGGCCGGCCUGAAGGGAGACCUGGCAGGGAAGUACUACAGCCUGACUAACAUGACAGAGCAGGAACAGCAGCAACUCAUUGACGACCACUUCCUGUUUGACAAACCUGUGUCCCCUCUGCUGACCUGUUCAGGGAUGGCUCGCGAUUGGCCAGAUGCACGUGGAAUCUGGCACAACAACACUAAGACAUUCCUGAUUUGGAUCAAUGAAGAGGAUCACACCAGGGUCAUCUCCAUGGAGAAGGGAGGCAACAUGAAGAGAGUGUUUGACCGCUUCUGCGCAGGCCUGAAAGAGGUGGAAAGGCUGAUCCAGGAGAAAGGCUGGGAGUUCAUGUGGAAUGAGAGGCUGGGCUACAUCCUGACCUGCCCCUCCAACCUGGGCACUGGGCUCCGCGCUGGAGUACAUGUCAAACUGCCCAGACUCAGCAAGGACCCUCGCUUCGCUAAGAUCCUGGACAACCUUCGUCUGCAGAAACGAGGCACCGGAGGAGUGGACACUGCAGCCGUGGGCAGCACCUUCGACAUCUCCAACCUGGACAGAUUGGGCCAGUCUGAGGUUCAGCUCGUGCAGACAGUGGUGGACGGCGUCAACUACCUGAUUGAGUGCGAGAAGAAGCUGGAGAAGGGUCAGGACAUCAAGGUCCCCCCACCAAACAGGAAGUAGACUGUCCACACCCCUCAAAACCCAGAUAUUCAUACAGACCUCCCCAUCAGAGCCAUAGGUAAUGUACAGAUUUGGUCCAACCACAGUUUGGAUUGUUCCAAGAACAUUACAAAGUUUCCAAGAACAAUACGUUCUGGUAAGAACGCACAUUUAGAAUGUCCUAGCCGUUGUGACGUUUGGAACCAAAAUAGCCGACAGUCAGCUGAACUCUGCGUACCUAUGGCUCUUUUUGCAAUGGAACUCCUGCUACUCAAUAACCCCAAAUAAGCCCUAAACCUGUUACCAAACAACAGCAUGUCCUAUAUGUCUUCAAUACGCCUGAUACUGCUACUUCGUCGUCUCCUCCAUAUCGGCCGUGGAGGAACAUGGCUAUCUAUUACAGAAGUACUACAGUAGUCAAAUCAGUCCAUUUGUGGUAGUCUACAUCCAUGGUAGAUUGUGUAACCAUGUAGUGAAUGACAACUUGAAUGUGGCUCACCAACCAUGCUCUUGAAAUGACCAUGAAAUGAAAUGACUCCAGGCCCUUAGGGGUUUGUUGCUGGUGUUAUGAGACACGGCUUACAGGAAGUGAUACUAAUAAUUAUUCUCGCUUAAGUACUGUGCUUGGCGCAAGAUGUAUGCGUCAAGCAGCAAUGUCAUUUCAACAUAAUUCUUAAUGUCAUACUCAAAUACAUUUUAUUAAAGAAGCCAUCGAUUUAA